CGAUCUUCUACGAUUAAUUAAAUGCCUCGCACGCGCAGUCGUCAUGCAACCCGCAUAUCCCGACGCAGUCCACCCCGCGAAACACAUUCCGGGGUCGGUAUUCGUCCAAAUUUGAAGAAAAACGAUGUUUGUGUCGGUUGUAUAGUAUGGCUUCCGUCCAAAUUGGAAAGCGAUGGAGAUUUACUUUGUAAUCGUGGGAAAACUUGUUGUAAUGGAAAAUGCUUGAAUGAUGAGGGGUAUAAUCAUCCGGUGGUCAUUUUGGAGCAUGAGGGAGAUAUUUGUUCCGUUGCUAUGAUGACAUCCAAACCCCGUCAAAAAUACAACCAGAAAUCACGCAUCGCCAUAUCACAAACCCCUCAAGAUCUAAAAACCCCAGAUACCGAUCUCGAAAUAAAACUCUAUCUCGAAGAGGGAAAAAAAUUGAAACAACCAUCCUUCAUCGUCACUGAGCAUAUACACCCAAUCCCCUUGUCAACGCUCCGUGCUUAUGGCUUUAAGUCAAAUUCUAGAGCUUUUGAUAAAAGACUUUGUAAAACUAGUUAUCUGGAUUUGAUUGGGAUAUUUGAUAUGGAUAAGGAUAGAGCGGAAUGGAUAGAUACGGUGGUUGUGAAGGAGAAGGAAGGAAAUGUAAAUGCUGAAAGGAGAAGGGGACAAAAGGGACCGAGAGUUACAUUCAGGGACCCAUGGGAGGAAAUCAGAGUGAAUUCAUCGGCUUCCAAUCAAAUCUCUGAAAGCACAAGACGACCUCUGGAUCAGAGAAGUCUUUCCGAAGCAACCCGAUCUACGGACUUCCCCCAUCUUCCCCAAACAACUCCACAAAUACACACUGUUCCCACAAACCCGUCACCAGGAUGGUACACCUAUAGCCGUGCAACUAGUCUCUCGAACGAACGUCAAUCUCUCAUCCAAAACUCUUAUCCUAUCCCCUCUCAUCUUCCGCCCUCACCAUCACCUUCUCCACCUUUGCCAACAGGAAAUCAACAAUACCAUACUGAUGUCUCAUCUUGUCCUUCACGUCCAACUUACCACGUUGCGCUUCCGUCAGUGGACCGCUAUGAUCGUUCGCACUGGGAUGCAAGGAUACACAACAGUAAUACUCGGACUCAUGAUUUGGAGGGAGGAAGAUUCGAUGGUAGGAGCGGGAAUGGGAAUGGGAAUGGAGAAGAGGGUGGUUUGUUUGUGGUUGUAUUUUUGGGAUUGGUUGGGUUUGUUUGGUGGUUGUAUGGGAAGUGAUCUCUGAAUAAGAGGUCAGACAACAUGGUUGCUGAGGCAAAUGCGACGAUGCAUUCAGAUUUGGAAAGAAGUAAUUGAUUUAGCGAGGUGUUUUGAGGGGUAUCCGUAUAUGAGGCGUUUGGGUUUGAAUAUUUAUUGGAAUUAUUUUCUUUAGCGAAGCCGACUUAUGAAGGGGGAUGAAACGGUCCACGUUGAAUAGUUCGAAGCAUGGUAUUGUAUAGCAUAGUUUCCCAUGGGCUCAUUUCUUGAUACUAAAACAAUAUUUGAACCAUAUUACGAUAUGAUUCAGGUAAAUAAAGAGACCCCACGCCAUGCAAAAAGUGUCCGCAAAAAUAUCGGUACAGUGAGUCUCUCACAGGCUUCAAACAUAACAAGGCAGCGGCCUUGAAAACUCAAUACAUCAGCGGUCUUCGGAACAAAGAAAUUUCGCUAAUUUAAGAAUCGAAAUCACAUCGCAUGCCUUGGAGUUGAGACUUGAUUCAGCCAUACAUCUUGGACUUCUUUGUGUACCUGCAGUGGCUAACAAUUGUUUCAAAAGUUUCUUUCGUAUAUACAAUAAUGUAUCAUAAUAGUAUUGUGACAGUUUCUAUAUCGACAGCGCCAUUGCAUGUGUUGUUUUAGGA